GGGAAGCAGGAAGUGACUUCGGGAGUGGAGCCGGCGAGCCAGCGGCAGCGGGGGCUGAUGGAAGUGGCGUGGGGGCUUGAGAGGGCACUCUACCGUAUCCAGCAUGCUCCAAGGCCACAGCUCUGUGUUCCAGGCCUUGCUGGGGACCUUCUUCACCUGGGGGAUGACAGCGGCUGGGGCAGCCCUCGUGUUCGUGUUCUCUAGUGGACAGAGGCGGAUCUUAGAUGGAAGUCUUGGCUUUGCUGCCGGGGUCAUGUUAGCAGCUUCCUAUUGGUCUCUCCUGGCCCCGGCAGUUGAGAUGGCCACGUCCUCCGGGGGCUUCGGUGCCUUCGCCUUCUUCCCUGUGGCCGUUGGCUUCACCCUGGGAGCUGCAUUCGUCUACCUGGCCGACCUCGCGAUGCCUCACCUGGGUGCAGCAGAAGACCCCCAGACGGCCCUGGCCCUGAACUUGGACCCCGCGUUGAUAAAGAAGUCUGAUGCCGAGGGCCCCAGGCUGCUCCUCCCUGAGACUGAACUUUCCAUCCGGAUAGACAGGAGCGAGAAUGGCGAGGCGUAUCAGAGGAAGAAGGCGGCGGCCGCUGACCUUCCAGAGAACCCCGCCGCCCCGCUGCCGUCUCUAGGGGGUCUGGCAGUGCCCGGGGGCAGCAGCUGGAGGAGAAUCGCCCUGCUCAUCUUGGCCAUCACCAUACACAACAUUCCAGAGGGUCUCGCUGUUGGAGUCGGGUUCGGGGCCGUAGAGAAGACGGCGUCGGCCACCUUUGAGAGUGCCAGAAGCGCCUGCUACCUGGAUGAGUGGGGCCGGGGCGGGCGGGGCGGGCGCCAGGCGAAGCUCGUCCGCGAAGAAGCAGGUUUAUGCCACGUUUUCCAAACGGGCUAUCUAGCGGGAUCCCCUCCAGCGCAUCUCAGUUCAGACUUCGUACCCAGAGGCACCCAGUCUGCAGGCCACCUGAUGCGUUCUCGAGUGGCCUCUGGUGUCCUCGGCUCCCAGCCGGGGCCGCGCUGCGGUGGCCCUCGUUCGGAAAAGCAGGGCUCCCGAGAUGUGGAGGAGGCUUCCACAGCCCGCCUAGCGGAUGGCAGUAGGCGGCACGGCAUCACGGCGAGGACUUUGGACGGGGAGCCCCACCUUGACUUGCUGGUGGCAUUGGGCUGGCAACUCUCCGUGUUUCCUAGAGUCGGGCCAGCGGUCCGAGAGUGUCGAGUGCCCGACUUCGCGUGCGGAACGUGUCUCUGUUCUCUCUCUAGGUACGGGCAGCUGAGUGGCAUGGUGGAGCCUCUGGCCGGGCUCUUCGGGGCCUUCGCGGUGGUUCUGGCCGAGCCCAUCCUGCCCUACGCUCUGGCCUUUGCCGCUGGCGCCAUGGUCUACGUGGUCGUGGAUGACAUCAUCCCCGAAGCUCAGAUCAGUGGUAAUGGGAAGCUGGCCUCCUGGGCCUCCAUUCUGGGAUUUGUGGUGAUGAUGUCGUUGGAUGUUGGCCUGGGCUAGUGGCCAAGUACUUCGGACCCCAGGGAGGCGGCACAAGGACAUGGCUAUGGUUGGCUUCUGCGGGACCAUGAGCCUCUUCUUCACAUCGAAACAUUUUUACUUUCUCUUCUUUUCAUCUCAUUAUCCUGAUUGACUCUGAUUAUAUGACAACUUCCACUUUUCUUUUAAGGGAGAUAGAUACUGGUUUUAUUUGGAAUUUCAAGGUGUCGAUGGAUCUACAGAGUUUUCUUUGGCCACUGAAUGGAGUCUUUCUUCGGUGGGAUUACCUGGGACGCACAGAUCGGGGAAAUCUCUGCUUUCCCACCUUCGGCCUCCCUUGCUAGACUCAGUGGCAACUCCCCAAGGUCACCUACAGAAGCAAGCGACCCAGAGAGAAGUCUCCUAAGCACUUUUGCCUAGUGACUCAGAGCCGGAUGGUCAGGGCAUCUCAUCUGUACCUCCCAGUCUUUCACUGUCGGUCAGAAUGGGGGGCAUCGUGCACCCAGCUGCCUCCUCUCCGAGGCUCAGCAGCCCCCGGAGGAAUAUGCACACCUUCCUCUGCCUGCUCGAGGGAGACGGGACACAGACAGAGGGAAGAUCAGCUAGUCCUUCUCUCUCUCUCUUCCUCCCCCCACCCUCCCCCAAAGAUCAACACUUCGACGUUAAGAGAGUUAGGGAAUUGAACACAACUGAACACACAGCGAGCCCCAUGAAAAGAGAGUGUAGCUUUGAUCAGAGACCUCUGCUCUCUGUGGAUUCCAAGAGCAAAGUGGUUUGUCAUGGUUUCCAAGACCCCAAGACAUUUAUUCGGAUAGGUGUAUAGCCUUCAUUUUUCUCAGACUUGGGGAUACCAGCAAACUGCUUGAACUCUAACCCUCUAUUCACUUAAGAGAGAGAGUCACUUAAGCUAAUGUAAGUGAGUGUUUCUGCAGUGGGUCCUUCUCUGCUGACCAUUUAGUAACUUGUAACCUGACCCAGAAGUUACAAAGGCAGCAGCAGCCUUUGCUGGAGUUUGGCAAGAGAGCUCAGGAUGAGAAAGCUAUAGGAGAAGAAGAGAGAUUUUCACUUUCCCUUUUAAAGUAAAUUUCACCAAGUCAUCAUUGUGAAAUGACCCCAAACGAUGACUUGAACUAGACUAGAAGCCAAUCUACUCCUUUACACACAAGCUUCUUCCGACAGGGAUGGUAUAACGUGUCUGCUUCAAGCACAGCUACGGCUUGCCGUCGUCACUGGUCAUAGGAGCACACAGGACACUGAGUGGGCUCCGCUGGUAAUACCAGGUAUCCGGGCAUUGCGUCGUCCAUGCCCGGCCUCUGAGUUUACAUGUUUGAUUGCUUCCAAGGGUGAAUGCCCUGUUCUGUGAACGCCCUGAGACCCCCCCCAAAGGCCAACCUUCUGCUGGGCCUAUGUCUGCUCUUCUGAAGCACUGAUGAUCAAAAUUGGAGACACACCCAGAGGUUUGACUGAGACGAUUUGUUUUGGUGGCUGGUGUAUGUGUAUUUUUACGUCUUUGUAUGUAGUAGUUUUACAUAAUGCGAACUUCUUUCUGAUGGACAAGACCUUAUAACUGUGAUUAAUAUCAAUAAAAGGGAUACUGUUGUGGAUGA